AUGAAUUUUCCUCCUUUGUUAAAUGAUAGGCUUCUUCGAGCUAUCAAUGGUGAAGAAGUUGAUAAAAUUCCAGUUUGGAUUAUGAGACAAGCUGGACGUUAUUUACCGGAAUUUCGAGAAAUUCGAUCAAAACAUGAUUUUUUUACUAUUUGUACUACUCCUGAAUUAGCUUGCGAAGUCACAAUACAACCGAUUCGUCGAUUUGACUUGGAUGCAGCCAUAAUAUUUUCAGAUAUAUUGGUCAUACCCCAAGCCUUAGGAAUGAAAGUGGAAAUGAAACCUGGUGUAGGUCCUUUUUUUCCUGAUCCCUUGGAGUCACCUAAAGAUGUUGAAAAACUAAAUUUUAACGCAGAUAUUAAAACCGAACUAAAGUAUGUUUACGAUGCUAUUACACUAACAAGAAACAGUUUGGAAGGAAAAGUUCCUUUAAUUGGAUUUGCUGGCGCUCCUUGGACUUUAUUUGCAUACAUGAUAGAAGGAGGUACAUCUAAAACAAUGUCUAAGGCAAAAAAAUGGUUGUAUCAAUGGCCAGAAAAAAGUAAAAUUCUAUUAAAUGUAAUAGCAGAUGCUGUAACUAAACAUUUAAUAAAUCAAGCUAAAGCUGGAGCUCAAGUUCUACAGGUUUUCGAAUCCCAUGCAGAAUAUUUAGGGCUUGACUUAUUUAACAACUUCUCAUUACCAUUCCUACAAAAAAUAGUUUUAACAGUUAAACAGGAAAUUGAUGUACCAUUAAUUAUUUUCACUAAAGGUGCACAUUAUGCUAUCAAUGAAUUAUCAAAAUCAGGUUACAAUGCAGUUGGAAUUGAUUGGACGAUUGAACCUGAAAUUGCUAGGAAUAAAAGUGAUAACAGUAUUACUCUUCAGGGAAACCUUGAUCCAUGUGCUCUGUAUUUACCAAAAGAUGAAUUAAUAGAAAAAACUAAACUCAUGAUUGAAAAAUUUGGAAAAAAAAAUUACAUAGCAAAUUUGGGACAUGGUAUUUAUCCAGAUACAGAUCCUGAUAAUGUUAAAGUUUUUAUCGAUACAAUUCAUUCCGUGUAA